AUGCAGAAAGAAACAGUUGGCCUACUGCAUGCAAAAAAGAAACCCUACCAGUGUGAUGUAUGCAAGUCUUCUUUUAUGCAGAAGGCAAACCUUACAAGGCACUAUCGAAUACACAAAGGAGAACGUCGUUUUAAGUGUGAGCUUUGUAACAAAUCUUUCAUUGAAAAGUGUAAAUUAAAGAUACACCAUCAAGUUCAUUUAGGCACGAAAAAUUAUCAGUGUCUGGAAUGUGGAGGAACUUUUGCUGAAAAAAGGAAUUUAAGGCAGCACCAAUUAAUUCAUAGGGGACUCAAACCACACAAAUGUGGACUAUGUAACAGUUCUUUCAGAUAUAUAAGUGACUUCAAAGAACAUCAAUUGAUUCACCUGACUGUGAAGUCUCAACUGUGUUCAUCAUGUGGUCAUUCUUUUAAAUCUAUUAGAACCUUGAGAAGACAUUUCAACUACUAUGCCUCAACCAAAAGUGUAGAAUGUAAGAUAUGCAAAAAAAAAUUCCUGCAUUCUGGUGCCUUGAAACAACACAUGAAGACCCAUGAUCCAGUAUCUAAUCAAUGCCAGAUCUGCUCAAAAUCGUUUAGCAAGCAGUCAAACUUAAGACAGCAUUUAAAGAUUCAUCUAGGUGUAAAGAAAUUCGGUUGUGAUACUUGUGGACAAUUGUUUCUAUUGCGGAGUUCCUUAAAAUCUCACUUGAAAGUGCAUAAUGAUUUAAGACCAUUUAAAUGCACAUCUUGUGAUAGUGCAUAUAAAAACCGUUGUGAUCUGGUGAACCAUGUGCGUAUACACAGUGGAUCAAAGCCUUACCUAUGCUCAAAUUGUGGAAAGACAUUUUCUUUGAACUCUUCUUUAAGAAGACAUAUCAGAGUUCAUUCUGGUGACUUACCAUAUUCAUGCUCCCUAUGUGGUCGUAAAUUCUCACAGAAUGGUAAUAUGCAUAAACAUAAAUUAUCUUGCCAUGUUUCAAAGGACAACUGUACCUGUGCCUGA